GUACAGCGCAGCAGGAGCCCGCCGCAAGCCGACGUCCUACACUCCUACUCCCUCGUGCUCCCAACCUCGCCCGCCUAUCCCUCGCUUCCCCAGACCCCUCACCGGCGGGCGUAGCUAGCGUACGUCCAUCCAUCCGUCCAUGCUCCACCGCCACCAGCCCGCCGUUCCGACAAGCUCCAAUCAUACGCACCACCGGACCACCCUCGGCAAGGAGGGACAAGCUCACGCGCCUCGCGCCCUGCCCGGCCCGACCUCGAGCAGAUCGACACAUGCACGCACGACGUAGACGAUACACAACAGUACGCGGGGGCGCACUGACACACGCCCGCACUAUCAUCCCUGUCCCCCGUCCGUCCAUCUCCCCACUCGUGCGAGUUGCGAAUUUGCGAUGCGCCGCCUGAGCAGAAGCUCCAAAGCCUCAUGAUGGCAGCACGGGCCAGAGCCAGCACUCGCAGCAGCUGAUCCGAGCUCGUACAGGCGCGCCAGGCAGCACAUCAAUGGGCACACCACUCCUUGACCGCAUCAGUGACCGGUGGGACUGAGCACUGACUGCAGUCGCGUUGCUCUGCGCUUCUUCCUGGCUGGUGUCGGCGAACAGCAGGAGGAGGAGGCGAGAAGAAUCUUGGGAGCUUAGCUUGCAAUGCCGAGGCUGUAUUCGGAGGAAGGAGCAGGUGCUGACGAGGCUACCGCCGCUGCGACAGUGAGGCUGGCCAACAAGAUCCGGAAGCGCCGCGCGGUGUCGUCGUCGGGGGGCUCGGACCCGGCGGCGGUGGGGAGGAGGCUGCGGUCCAGGCGGCCCGCGGUGCGGCUGCCGCGGCACCGGACCAGCGCGGGCGGGGACAUGUCGGAGUCGUCCCGGAGCCGGCAUUGCCGUGGCAGCGGCAACCGUGUCGCCGAAGGGACGCUGCCGUCCGCGUCUGCGAGGAGGCUCGUCGACGCGUUCUGGCAGAACAUGGGCAGCGGUGGUCUGCUUGACGGGGACGCGGCGGCGGCGCGCCGGAGCCUGGUCCUGUGGAGCGGCGCCUCCACGAAGGUGUCCAAGAGGUCGAGAAGUAAGAGCAAGGUCUUGGAGGCUGAUGGUAAGGGAAGUCGGCGCAACGGCCAUCCUCGGUGGUUUUCAGCAGAUCUGAUGAGUAACGGUAGUGCAAUGGAGGUUGGUACCUUUUCUCAAGACGAUGUUUCAAGAUGUCCUGAAAAGACAGUGAACCUAGAUGAUCUGCAGAACAGCUUGAUUGCAGCUAAGGAGCUGGUAAAAGUACUUGCCCACAUAUGGGGACCUGGAGAGCUGAAUCCGUCAAGUGCAUCACUCAUUUCUGCUCUACGUUCAGAGCUUGAUGUUGCCCGUUCUCAUGUUAGAAAGCUAAUCAAAGAACAGAAAUCUGAUGCCUUUGAAAUUGAGGACUUAAAGUUGCAACUUACAGAAGAAUUGGAAUCGUGGAAGGUCAAACAAAAGGAGAAGGUUGGAAAUGCUCUCCGAUUUGUAGUUUCAGAGCUAGACACUGAGAAGAAGUCAAGGAAAAGAGCAGAGAAGACAAAUAAGAAGUUGAGCAUUGCCUUAGCAAACACUGAAGCCUCUUUGCAGGCAGUGACGAAAGAACUUGAAAGGGAGAGGAAGUAUAAAAGAAGAGUUGAGAAGAUCUGCAACGAGCUUAUCAGAGGCAUUGAUGAGGACAAAGCUGAGGUGCAGGCACUGAAGAGGGAAACUGAGAAGGCACAAGAAGAGCUCCAGAAAGAGCGUGAAAUGCUUCAACUUGCAGAUGAGUGGCGUGAACAAAGGGUUCAGAUGAAGCUUUUAGAAGCACGGGUUCAAUUUGAGGAGAAAAAUGCAGCUGUUAAUCAGCUGCGCGAUGAACUCCAAGCUUAUCUGGAUACUAAGAAAGAGCAGGAACCGUUGAAUGAUCCAAUGGAACUGUCCCAUGCAUCUGAAAUUGGCAACACUGCAGCUGAUUUAGUUCCUGACAGAAAUGGUGGAAACAUCAGCGAAGACGCCUCAGAAGGCAGUGAUAUACACUCCAUUGAGCUAAACGUCGAUGGCAUCAACAGGACCUACACCUGGAGCUACACUCCUUCCUCAAAAGGCAGGCAGAGGAGCCCAUCAAGGCAUGAACCGUUUUCGGAUAGAGGGAUGGAUGGAGUGAACUCGUGGCGUUUAGAGCAAAGUUUUCGGGACAUGGAUGAAGAACUGGAGGGAGACUGGGCAGAAGGGUGCAGCAACGGAAUGCUGAACUUGGAUCAUGACGAGGAGAGGUAUCUGGCUAUCAAGAAUCUGAGAGAGCAGAUGUUGGCCGGGUCGGGGUUCAUCCUGUCACAAGGUAGAGAAAAUGCUAAAAGAGAGUAUUGUGGCUUGUAAGAUAAACUGAACAAGAAAAAUUAAAAGUAAUGUGCCGUAUGAAUCGCUGCUUGAUGCUAGAUCCAACUGUUCAAGGAUAUAUAUAGUGAUGGUUCUCUGUGGAUUACUUUCCCCUUGUAAAUAUCUUGAGCUCUUGAAAGGUUAGGUUACAGGGCUGGUGUGUUCAUGUUCA